GAUUCAAAUUCCCUUUUGCAUCACUUCGAAUUCAACUGCGAUUUUCAAUUCAAAUAAAAAAUCUGAAAACACCAACGAAACCCUCACACUGAUAGUGUUCGUGACUCUGAACUUUUUAUCUAUGUUGAACUUUCCGUUCAAUCUCAAAUCAUAACUACUCAAAUUCAUAGAUUGGGUAUUUUGUUCUUCAAUUCCACCUUCAGAAUGCUUAGGGAUUCAAAAAUUCCACGCCGGAAUCUUGGAAAACAAGAUGAAAUUGAAAAUGUAGAUCCGUCGGAUUCGUGGUCGUCGGGGACAAAUCCGAGAUGCACGGAAGCUUCCAGACCUCCAUUGAAUACUAUUCAAGAUACUGAUGUGAGUUGCGGAAGCAGUAAGAUUGAAAAAACUCCAUCUAAAACCAAUAAGAGGAAAGUGGGACCUGAACUUCGUACUCCUGAAAAGAGCUUGCACUGGAAACACAGGUUCGCAUGGCCUCAGAGGAUGGAAACAGUUUCGUCUAUGAAUGAGGAUAAAAGAGGAUCUGGUGUUGGAAAUGGUACUCCUAAGGUAAAUCGUACUGCGGGAAGAGCUUGUUCUGAAAGCAAUUCGACGCAGAGCACUCCGACUAAGAGUGUGACUAAGCCUCCUCCCAGCUCGAGUGUUCGAGGUAAAGCUGAUGGAAGCUUCAGUGCUCGUUUGGGAAACUAUGGCACAUUGUAUAAAGGGGUUUCGAGUAUGUCUUGUACGCCUACGGUUGUUAACACGGUUGAAGUACCUCACUUCGAUCUCAAAGAGGAUUCUUCAUUUUGGAUUAAUCAUAAUGUACAGGUAAUUAUCCGUGUUCGUCCUCUCAAUAGCAUGGAGAGGAGUAUACACAACUAUAACAGAUGCCUAAAACAAGAAGGUUCUCAGUGCAUUACUUGGAUUGGGCAACCGGAAAACCGGUUCACUUUUGAUCACGUUGCAUGUGAAACAGUAGACCAGGAUAUGGUUUUCAGAAUGGCCGGGCUUCCAAUGGUUGAGAACUGUCUUUCAGGAUACAAUAGCUGUAUGUUUGCAUACGGACAGACAGGAAGUGGGAAAACAUAUACAAUGCUUGGUGAAAUUGAAGAUUUAGAUGUGAAGCCCAGUCCUCAUCGUGGAAUGACUCCUCGUAUAUUUGAGUUUUUAUUUGCCAGGAUUCAAGCUGAAGAGGAAAGCAGAAGAGAUGAGAACUUAAAAUACAAUUGCAAGUGUUCCUUCUUGGAGAUUUACAAUGAGCAAAUUACAGAUCUACUUGAUCCCUCGUCUACCAAUUUGCUUCUGCGGGAGGAUGUCAAGAAGGGUGUUUAUGUUGAAAAUCUUUCCGAGUUUGAGGCUCAAAGUGUGAGCGACAUUCUAAGGCUUCUAAUUCAGGGUUCGGCAAAUAGAAAAGUUGCAGCUACAAACAUGAAUAGAGAAAGCAGUAGGUCCCACUGUGUUUUUACAUGUGUAAUCGAGAGUACUUGGGAAAAGGAUUCUACUACGAAUUACCGUUUUGCAAGGUUAAAUCUGGUUGAUCUGGCUGGUUCAGAAAGACAGAAAACUUCUGGUGCUGAGGGUGAGCGUUUAAAGGAAGCGGCUAGCAUCAAUAAGUCAUUAUCUACCUUGGGUCAUGUCAUUAUGAUACUAGUGGAUGUUGCAAAUGGGAAGCAGAGGCAUAUCCCUUACAGAGACUCCAGGCUAACAUUUCUUCUUCAGGAUUCUCUUGGUGGAAACUCGAAAACAAUGAUUAUUGCCAAUGUCAGCCCUUCUAUCUGCUGUGCUGCUGAAACGCUGAAUACCCUUAAAUUUGCUCAGAGAGCAAAACUGAUUCAAAAUAAUGCUGUGGUGAACGAAGAUUCUAGUGGGGAUGUAAUUGCUUUAAAACAUCAAAUUCGGCUUUUGAAGGAGGAGAUUUCUACGCUCAAACGGUGCCAGAAUGUUUCCAGGUCAUUGUCAUUCAGAGAUAUAACACAAUCAGUAAAAGACUAUUCUUUAGAAAAUGAAACUGACAUGGAUGAACAACAUGAUGAUAUGCUUGAUUAUGAAUCCAAGGGCACCAGAAUGUCUCACAAACAGUUCGAAUCACUGCAGACAACUCUUGCUGGUGCUUUAAGAAGGGAGCAAAUAGCAGAAACUUCUAUUAGGCAACUAGAAGCAGAAGUUGAGCUAUUGAACUCUUUGGUUCAUCAAAGAGAGGAGGAAACUAUGAGUUGCAAAAUGAUGCUUAGGUUUCGUGAAGAUAAAAUUCGUCGGUUGGAAUCUCGAGUUUCUGGUUCUAUUACCGCAGAUCAAUUUUUGCAGGAAGAUAAUAAAGCACUUUCUGAUGAGAUUCAGUUACUUCAUGGCAAAAUUGACCAAAAUCCUGAAGUUACACGAUUUGCUAAGGAGAAUAUCAGGCUUCAAGAACAACUUAGAAGAUAUGAAGAGUUCUAUGGAGAAGGGGAGAGAGAGAUUUUAUUAAGUGAAGUAUCUUCUUUAAGGGAACAGUUGCUUCAGUUUCUUGGAGGAAAAUCUGUUCAGGGUGAUUCAAGUUAUGACACUCAACCUCAGAAAACUCAGUGUUGCAGCAAACAAAAUGACUCCAUUGAUCUAGAGCUAAGAAAUGCUCUGGAUAAGUUAGAGGAGUACAGACACAACUUAAAUUGUUGCUUAGAGGAGAAUGCAAGACUCAAUAGGGAGUUAGACUCUUUGCAGUCAAUGUUCAACAACGAAAAUGCCACAAAGGUUUCUACCAAAGGACCUUCGACCGAAGGUCAGGCACUUCCACCUCAAUUGUUAAAAGAAACAGAUGAUAUCUUGGAUUUGCACCUGGAGUUAGAUAUAAUGAAGAUAAUUCUGAAGGAAGAGAGGACUUCCCGUGGUAUAUUGGAGGAGGAAGCAAUGCGCUUAAAUCAUGAAAUUCUAAUACAAAAGGACAAGCUUUUGCAGGCAAACAAACAAUUAGAAGAUACAGAUAAUGAACUGAAAGUUGCUAAAUCUGUAAUUGAAGCUCUUGAAUCACAACAAAUUUUAUCAAUCAAAGAGAUAGAAGACAUGCAGAACAAGCACAACAAUUAUCUGGAUCUUGUGAGGAAACAAGAGCGUGAGAUCAUUGCCUUGAAGAAUCAACUUGCACCUAAAGGUUUAAGAGACAGUUUAUCUUUAAAUCAUCCAAAGAUCGAUAAUGAGUACCCCUUACAAGUAAGGUUCAGAAGGAUGCAUGAUUCUCUUGAAAAAGCCAAGCAACUGAACAUGUUUUACCAAAGUGACCGUGCACUCCAGAUAUCGAAUGAGGAAGAGAUGGACGAAGUCCGUCGGCAAGCUGAAGCUGAAACUGCCGAGGUAAUUGUGUCUAUGCAGGAAGAACUUGCCCAGCUACAACAUCAAGUAAAUGAUAGCCAUCAGAAGGAAAUAGAAAUGAAGGAGAGUAUAUUGCAUUUGGAAACUGAGUUGAAGGAUGUGCAAGAAAAAUUGCUUACUACUGUUGAUGAUAACCAAAGUUUAAGUGAAGAGCUUUGGCAGAGAGAUAAUGCACUCAAAUCACUUGCUGAAGAAUGGGAAUUGUUAACCUCUGAGAUUGAAGAGAUUCUUGGUGAUGGAUGUCAGGCACUAGAUGAUGCCUCUGAUGAACUGGGGCACAUAAGCAAUUCACUUCCACAGAAAAGGAUAUGGAUUUCUGAACAAGUUAGCAUGAUUGUUAGAAAAAUCACUGAAAAGGAAUUGCUAAUUGACGAGCUCGGAAGAUGUUUGGAAGACGCAUGCAAUAAAAGAAGUGAUAUGGAGUGUAUGCUGAAGUCCUUGCGAAGUGCAACACUUGUGAUUACUGAAGCCCACCAGAAGGAGUCAGCUGAACUAGAAAAAGAAAUUCUCCUACUGACAUCUCAAGUGAGUGAAAGAACGACUGCUCUGAAACAGAUGGAGGAGCAGUUGAUAUUGGCUGGAGAUCAAAUCCGAAAAACAUCAAGUUGUGCAACAGUAGCUUUUGUAGUUGUGAAUAGAUUGUCAGAUGUGAAUGAUGGUUAUCUUGUUGAUCUAAAGCACAAGGAUAGUCUGCUUAAUGAACUAGCAGAAAUUAGUGACAGGAAGGAUGCCGUUUUAAGUGAUCAAUCCACUUCCCUUGAACAAGCAAAGAGGCAGAUAGCUGAGUUACAGGAAAAAUGUGACAACUUAUGGCAGAAUCUGUCUGAGGAGAAAGAACACUCUUUUGCUUUGGAACAUAAACUUGAAGAUAUUGAAAAGAAUGUCAUUUCAGAGACUAGGGAACAACUAGUAACAUUACAAGAUGGCGUCUCCUCAAUCAGGUCAUCCAUGGCCUCUUUUGCAGAUAAUGGUGAAUCAAGGACAAGUUCUGAAACACAUCAUCAAAUAGCUGAGAUGGCUGAGUUAUCCUUUAAAUUGGCUAACAGUGGAUAUGAAAAGAAAGACCGUAAGGCACAAAAUGUUUCUAAGGAUGCAUGUGAAAGAGAUGCUACCAUUACUCUGUUGAGAAAAGAAAUAGAAUCUGCUCUUGAAAGCUUAAAAGAAGUUCAAGAUGAGAUAGCCAAAUUACAUGAAGAGAAGAAAGAGAUGUCAAUAUGUGAAAAGCAAAGUCGGGAUAGUAUCAAGUGUCUCACAACUCAAAUACUUUCCCUGCAAGCAGCUAUGGGACACUUUGAAGAGAAAUCCGAAGUUAAGGUCGAAGUACUCAGUUGCAAGCUUAGGAACCUGGAGAAAACACUAAAAGAAGCUAUGUCCAAUUGGAAUCAAAUGAAAGAGUUGCUUGAACUAGAAGUCGGGGAGGCAAAGAUUGUUCAAGUUCAAAAAGCUGAAGAGGCAUACUGUAUUCAUGCUAAAUUUGAAGAAGCCCAAGAGACAAUUAAAGAAGCAGAUAUUAUAAUCAAUGAAUUAGUGAUAGCUAAUCAGUCAAUGAAGAUUGAUAUAGAAAAACUGAAAGAAAAAGAAGUCACAUUGCUCAGUGAGAAGGAUGUAUUAUUCAACAAGGUUGAGAGCUUACAGACCAUUGUUGAUUUGAAGAAUCACGAGAUGGAAGACCUUGUUGAAUCAAAUCUUAUAGUAACAAGGGACUUAGUCAUGGAGGUGGAUGAUGUCAUUAAAGAGGUCCAUUUGGCGAUGAAGGAAAAUUUUACCGCUUUAGCUUGUGAUAUAGAAUGCUUAAAGUCUCAAUUUACAUGUUCCAUUAAGUCGAUACAACCAUGGCUUGAGAAGAUCUGGUCUGAGAUAGUUAAUAAAGAUUGUGCUAUGUCUGUACUACAUCUCUGUCACAUGAGUGUUCUUCUGGAAACAGUGACAGGAAUGCAUGCAGAAAAUGGCUUGCUUUCACAUGGCUUGUGUGAAUCAAACGCUGUCAUAAGUGAUCUGAAGGAACACAAUUUUAGAGCAAGGGAAGAACUAGAAAUGUGCAGAAUCUUGAAAGGGAAACUGCUUGCUGAUAUCCAUAAUAGCUUCGAUCGCAUCACGAGGAAAGAAGUGGAAGCUGGAGAGAUCAGCAUCAAGCUAAACACUUUUGCUAAAAACUUAUCAGAUCUACAGCUUCAGGAGGAGAUGAUGCUGCAAAGUUCUAAUGAAAUGGGAUCCCAACUUGCUACGUUGAUGAAGGAGUUGGAUCUGAGUAAUACCGAUGUUGUGGCAUCCCUGUUAGAUCAAGAGAAACUACUGAAACAGAAAGUAGAAGACACCGAGUCUCAAGCUGAAUUUCUUCUGGCAGAUUGGUAUGCCAAAGAAUUUGAGUUACUUAUCCAUGCUUCUGAAUUCAGUAACAUGGCCUGUAAUAUAUCUGAUAUGGAGGAGCACUUUGUCAAGUCCUCUACAUUAAUUGAACAAUUGAAAACAGAAACGAUAUUUUUCCAGGUAGAAACUGAGUUAGCAGAACAAAUUUUGAUGGAUAAGGAAGUUGAAGUUUCCCUUCUAAAACGAGAAGUUCAGCAAGAAAAAGUAGAAAAAGAAAACUUAUUGAUGGAAUUGAAGCAGAACAACUUAAGGAUUACAGAGAUGGGUGAAGUAAACAAGGAACUUGAACUAAAGAUUGACCUUCUAAAGGAUAAUGAGUCUCAAGCUGAGUUUUUAAUUGCAGAUUGGUACACCAAAGACUUUGAGUUACUCAUCCGUGCUUCUGAAUUCAGAAUCAUGACACAUAAUAUAUCUGAUAUGGAAGAGCACUUUGUCAAGUCCUCUACAUUAGUUGAGCAAUUGAAAACAGAAACAAUAUUUUUCCAGGUAGAAACUGAGUUAGCAGAACAGAUUUUGAUGGAUAAGGAAGUUGAAGUUUCCCUUCUAAAACGAGAAGUUCAGCAAGAAAAAGUAGAAAAAGGAAACUUAUUGAUGGAAUUGAAGCAGAACAACUUAAGGAUUACAGAGAUGGGUGAAGUAAACAAGGAACUUGAGCUAAAGAUUGACCUUCUAAAGGGUAAUGAGUCUCAAGCUGAGUUUUUAAUUGCAGAUUGGUACACCAAAGACUUUGAGUUACUCAUCUGUGCUUCUGAAUUCAGAAUCAUGACACAUAAUAUAUCUGAUAUGGAAGAUCAUUUUGUCAAGUACUCUACAUUAAUUGAACAGUUGAAAAAAGAAAUAAUAUUUUUCCAGGUAGAAACUGAGUUAGCAGAACAAAUUUUGAUGGAUAAGGAAAUUGAAGUUUCCCUCCUAAGACGAGAAGUACGGCAGGAAAAAGAAGAAAAGCAGAACUUGUUGAUGGAACUGAAGCAGAACAUCUUGAGGAUUACAGAGAUGAAUGAAGUAAACAAGGUACUUGAACAAAAUAUUGAGCAUCUAAAGGAUGUUAGUUGCUCUAAUGUUGCAUUGAAGGAUGAACUUGUUGAAGUUAAGGAGUCAGAUAAAAGACUUCUGGAUAAGAUUCGAGAUCUUGAGGUUGAUUAUGAUAGAGUAAUUGCUGAUGUCAUAGCAAAGAAUGUGGCUUCUGAAUUUGCUUUCCAUCAUAUUUUGUUUCUUGAAGAUCAAAUCAGAGAGUUACAGAGCAUAAACGACAUAUUGGAAACUUCAUGUUGCAAACUUGAGAAUGAGCUGCACCUAAGGGAUUCAGAGAUAGAUAGAAUACAAAGUUUGUUGCAACUUGAGUUAUCUAGAAAGGAUGAUGUAAUAAAAGGGUUGCUGUACGAUCUGAGCUUACUGCAGGAAUCUGCAUCUAUCAGUAAAGACCAAAAGGACGAAAUGGAGGAAAUGAUGGCCACAAUGGAAGAAUUUGAGACCGAGCUUGCAGAUAAGUCUGGCGAGCUUGCUUCCGCAGUUGCAAACUGUCAGUUGCUUGAAACUCAGAUAAUGGAUAAAUCAAACAGAGUUAAAGCUCUUGAGUUGGACCUCUCAAAAGAGUGUGAGGUUGUAAAGCUACAAGCCACUGAAAUUCAUGAACUUAGAACUCAUAUUGAAGAUGCCUUGGCGGCAAGAAAAUUGGUUGAGGAGGAGCUAAAAGAGAGGAAGAAGAUAACAGAGAGUUUAGAGAAUGAAAUCUUGGAAAUGAGCGAUGUUCUUGGCCAAAUGAAUGAUUCAUUUAAAAACUUAAGUGUUGAUAGGGAUGCCCUAACUAUUCAGAGGGAUCAACUUCAAGGUCAGAUGAUUUUACUCGAAGAAAGGUUUGAAAAAGCUGUAGCACAAGCUGAAGCUAAUGAAGAGAUUGCACAAGAUGCUCGAAAGAUGGCUGAAGCAAGAAAAGUUUAUGCUGAAGACAAGGAAGCAGAGGUUGAACUUCUUGAGAGAUCUGUUGAAGAGCUGGAAAGUACCGUAAAUGUACUAGAAGAAAAUGUUGACUUCAUUAAAGGAGAAGCUGAACGACAACGCCUGCAAAGAGAAGAUCUAGAAAUGGAGCUAUGUGCAUUAAAAGAGCAGAUGCAAAAUCUACGGAAUGCUGAUGAUGAUACAAAAAGGUUUAGGACGAUUACUCUAUAUAAUAUAGGCUUGCAAAUCUGCUGGGCUGGUCUUAAAAAACUAUUGAUUUCUUGUAGAUUUCUGGAUGAAAAAGAGAAAAGCUUUGAAGAAGCCCAAAAGCACAUACAGGUUCUGAAGAGUGAUAUUGCAGGAAAAGAUGCAGAGGUUGCACAAAUGAAAGCUCAUAUUUCAGAGCUUAAUUUGCAUGCUGAAGCACAGGCAAUGGAGUACAAGCAGAAAUUCAAAGCAUUGGAAGCGAUGGUCGAGCAAGUCAAACCUGAGGGCAUUUCCACGCAAUCCACCAAUGCUUUGUCAAACAAGUCUGAGAAGAAUGCGACCAAGUCUCGAGGUUCUGGUUCUCCUUUCAAGUGUAUUGGGUUGGGAUUGGCACAACAGGUUAAAAAUGAAAAGGUUGAAGAGCUGUCUGCUGCAAAACUGCAAAUUGAGGAACUAGAGUCUCAGGCAGCAUGUCGACAGAAAGAGAUAUUUGCACUGAAUGCCAGAUUAGCAACUGCGGAGAGCAUGACCCAUGAUGUAAUUCGGGACUUACUUGGAGUGAAGUUGGAUAUGACCUCUUAUGUGUCGCUGCUGGAUAAUCAUCAAGUUCAGAAGAUUGCAGAGAAAGCUCAAUUUCAUACUCUAAAGCCUCAAGAGAAGGAACAAGAGAUUACUAAACUAAAGAGGCAGCUUAACGAAUUUAUUGAAGAGAGGAACGGAUGGUUGCAAGAUAUUGAUAGAAAACAAGCCGAGUUAGUAGCUGCGCAGAGUGCAUUGGAAAACCUUCGGCAGCGAGACCACUCACUAAAAACUGAAAAUGAAUUGUUGAGGAUGGAAAAUGCAAGUAAGAUGAGUAAGGUAAUGGAACUGGAAGAAGAAAUCAAGAAGCUGUCGGGUCAACAAAAUCUUCAGCAGCGUAUUCAUCAUCAUGCUAAAAUUAAGGAGGAAAACAACACAUUAAAGAUACAGAAUGAGCAACUUAGCGCAAAGUUACGCCGGUCAAAUCACUUCAUGACACGUGUCCAAGAAGACAUUGCUCGGCUUCGUGCUUCUACCGGAUCAAAACAAUAUAUUGAUUUUGAUCAGGAGCAACGUCUAAGGAAAAUGGUGAAGGAGACUGACGAAGAAAAAAUUCAAUUAGCACAGCAAUUACUGAGAUUGUGUACAAAUGUUCUAAAGGCUGCUGGAAUAGCAAAACCAGUGUCAGAUGUGAAUCCUACUAUUGCUGAGGAGGCCUUAGACAAGCUCAAGAAUAGGAUCACUUCCCUGGAAAUGGAACAAGAAGAUUUGAAGUUUAAGAAUAAAAUUAUGAAAGAAAAGAUUCGACUAUCUGAACUCAUGCCACAAGCUUCUCCUUUGAGCUCAAAAUCUGAAGAGAACCGAAUAACUCCACCAAAGGCAAACAAAACUUCGUUUCUUUCCGGUUUUGAUCGAUACUGAAGUGUUCGUUUUCAGAUAGUUAUUUAUUUCAUUAUGCUAUGUUUUACCCAUUCACGCUAUAUUCUUUGAUUAACAUGUAGAUAAAUAACAUGUACAAUGUACAGUGUUUUUUAAUUUAUUUUUUGAACGCUAUGUACAGUUUUAAUCAAUGAGAAGUUGAUAUUAAUAUAUAGAAGAGCUUUCUGGUA